CAUUUAGAAGGCCGUUCUGAAGCAUAGCAUGAGGUCAGCUUCGGGUACAGGCAGGUCAAUCAGCUAGUAUAAUGUCUUGUGGAGGUAUAAGCUCUGCGCUCAGGCGAUUACCACCGUCGACCAUCGCCCAUAUCCAGUCUUUCGUCCCUCCAUCGGCAUGGCUCAUAAAUCGAAACUACGCUACUUCCGCUGACAUCCCAGGUCCAUCGGCAUGGCAGCACCAAGAGCACAGCCAGAGGACUGGGCGAAGACCGAGGGGACAGCCUCGUCCCGAUUUGAUUAAUCUCGACACGUUCUUGGGUAGCCAAGGAGCUAGGACGGUGAGGCAACCAAGAAGCUCGGAUCAACUCCGGAGUAUCGGUGAUGCUCUCAACGCAGGAGCUAUUGACGAGGCGAUUCGAAUGGGUAGGCGUCGUGCAGAGGCCCUGAACGCGAUUGCGAAGCAGCAGGAAAGCUCUUCCACCGCGCGGGAUCAAAGAGAAGGUGGACAACCAUUACCCCUACCUCCCGAAUCGUCUGCAGGCACGAGAUCUUUGGCCACAAGCUCAAUCGUUCCAGAGGUGUUCAUCUUGCUCCAGUCAUUCCUGGAGGCGGAGAAUCAUCCCGAAGCCUAUGCGGAAAUUUUUCAAUACUGUCAACGUCUUGGAUUGGUUCGCAAGGGACAAAUGAUGGCAGAUCACACCCUACGAUUGGCCAGAGUCGCCGUACGGAAUCCAAAUUCAGCAUGGAUUGAAAACCUCGAGAAUUUUAUCAAGCUGCCUGAAACUAUGAAUAUGCCCGAGCGACCUUUGCAGCUCCCUCUAGAACCACGCUCAAGGAUCAUUUUCGGUUUGAUGAGAGCCCGGAAACAGAGGAUCUCGAUACCAGGAGUCAUCCAAAUGUUCAUGGACGAAGUAGCUCAUGGAGAUAUCAAUGCUCAUCGACCAGGCUCUCUUGUAUCUUGGGUGAUCAUUGCGAGCCAUCAGCGCGGUAUCGGACAGACGCUCAAGUUUCAGAAGCAAUUCAUGGACCAUGUUGAACGCAUAGCCGAAAGGAGGAGCAAUCAUGUAUGGUCUGGAGACGAUAUCACCGCCAUGAUCAAAUUCCACGAGAUCAUCCUAUCGGCUAUUGUGACUGCACGAGCACAGGACGCACAGCAGAGCCUACCGCCCUGGAUAGUUGGUUCGAGAAUUCCCUCUCGGAUCGCAGAUCAGCUGCUCAACCUGAUAGGAGGUGCGGAUCAACUCACGACGUCAUUCAUUACGAUCUGGAUGCAGGCUGAAUUGGCAGCCAAACGGUACGAUCAGGCGAAAGCUGUUUGGGACAUUUUCGAUCUCUCGGCCCAGCCGGAUGAACUACACCAGUCUCUCGCGUCAUCAUAUCUCGAUGUUGAAAGCUUUUCAUCUCGACCUCGGCCUGACAUGAAAGCUUGGAGCGUAUACUUCCGACUUAGAAAGGCUCUUCCUGCAGCGAACGAAACGGAACCGAGCCUGCAAGUCAUGCUGAGGAGAAUGUACGAUACUGUCCCUAUCGCAAACUUCACCACCCCGGCUUUGAAUGACAUCCUCGCACUUAUCGCACACCCGACUCAGUAUCAAGGAGGCGCGGUAAACCCCAACGAAAAUCUACCGAUGCUACUUCUACUGCUCAAACACUACGAUUGGGAUCCAGCUGGAGAAUUUGGACCUAGACCUGAUAGCAGGACGAUCCGUCUGGCCGUUUCAGCGUUAGUGAACCUGUGGCGAUGCUUCGGUGCCUAUUUUGAUCCGUUGUUUGGAUCCUAUGCUGCACAUUUAGCCAGGACUUCCAGACAAAUCAGGAAGACGGAUUGUCUGCUGCGAGCCGAAUGGAGAAUGGUGGAGGGUGCCCUGAGGGGUGUUCUCGGUGAUGCAGAGACAGAAUACGUAACCAGUGAUAUCCUGGAGCGGAUCUGCUCAUCCGCCGAAAUGGACACCCUGCAGGUAUCAAGAGGUGGUGUCCAUGUCAUGCCGGAUGGCUCAACACUGCCUGAUAUCCUGAUUCGACCUGUCAGUCUUCUCGUUGAGAACGCCAUCAACUUGGUUCUCUCUGAACGAUGCGAGACGCAAUUGGAAGUAGAGACUGCUCUCGAACGAUUGAUGGAGAGAACAUACGAGCGGAUCGUGCCGCAACAACCGAUCGCGUGGCAUGCUGUGGAAGGCGACAGGACAUGGCAUGCUGUCCGGGAUGAACCUGAAGUAAAGGAUGAGGUAUCUGAUCGACGAGAGUAUCUUGUCAAUCGACCAGAAGAGAUAGACUAGCGUACUUUCAAAGCAAAGCUCGAUGCAGGUCUUAUCACUACACGUUGGAGAUCUCACAAUGCUCGACUGAUCACUACUACUCUCCCCCUG